AUGGCCUCGGGAAGCGAUUCCAAAGCUGAUGACUUAUCAACUGCCAUUCUGAAGCAGAAGAACAGGCCCAAUCGGUUAAUUGUUGAUGAAGCAAUUAACGAGGACAACAGUGUUGUGUCACUGUCCCAGGCCAAAAUGGAUGAACUGCAGCUGUUCCGGGGAGACACAGUCCUGCUGAAAGGGAAGAAGAGGAGAGAGGCAGUGUGUAUCGUCCUGUCCGAUGACACCUGCUCCGAUGAAAAGAUCCGCAUGAACCGGGUCGUGCGCAACAACCUGAGGGUGCGCCUUGGAGAUGUGAUCAGCAUCCAGCCUUGUCCAGAUGUCAAGUACGGCAAACGCAUCCAUGUGCUGCCCAUUGAUGAUACAGUGGAAGGGAUCACAGGGAACCUGUUUGAGGUCUAUCUGAAGCCGUACUUCUUGGAAGCAUACAGACCAAUCCGAAAAGGUGACAUCUUCCUGGUGCGUGGAGGGAUGCGCGCUGUGGAGUUCAAAGUGGUGGAGACCGACCCCAGCCCUUACUGCAUAGUAGCUCCAGACACUGUCAUUCAUUGCGAGGGAGAGCCGAUCAAACGUGAGGAUGAAGAGGAGUCCCUGAAUGAAGUGGGCUAUGAUGAUAUUGGCGGCUGUCGCAAGCAGCUGGCUCAGAUUAAAGAGAUGGUGGAGCUUCCCCUCAGGCACCCCGCUCUCUUCAAGGCCAUUGGCGUGAAGCCUCCCCGUGGGAUCCUGCUGUACGGUCCGCCAGGUACAGGGAAGACCCUGAUUGCUCGAGCAGUUGCUAAUGAGACUGGGGCGUUCUUCUUCCUCAUUAAUGGUCCCGAAAUCAUGAGCAAGCUGGCGGGUGAGUCUGAGAGCAACCUGCGAAAGGCCUUCGAGGAAGCUGAGAAGAACGCUCCUGCCAUCAUCUUCAUCGAUGAGUUGGAUGCCAUUGCUCCAAAGAGAGAGAAGACGCAUGGCGAGGUAGAGCGGCGCAUUGUGUCUCAGUUGUUGACGCUGAUGGAUGGCCUGAAACAGCGAGCGCAUGUGAUUGUAAUGGCUGCCACUAACAGACCGAACAGCAUUGAUCCAGCGCUACGGCGAUUUGGUCGCUUUGACAGGGAGGUGGAUAUUGGCAUUCCUGACGCUACUGGUCGCCUGGAGAUCUUGCAGAUCCACACCAAGAACAUGAAGUUGGCUGAUGAUGUAGAUCUAGAGCAGGUGGCCAAUGAGACUCAUGGCCACGUUGGUGCAGAUUUGGCUGCCCUGUGCUCGGAGGCAGCCCUGCAGGCCAUCCGGAAGAAGAUGGACCUCAUUGACCUGGAGGAUGAGACCAUCGAUGCUGAAGUGAUGAACUCGCUGGCUGUGACCAUGGAUGACUUCAGGUGGGCCCUGAGCCAGAGCAACCCCUCAGCUUUACGUGAGACUGUUGUGGAGGUGCCACAGGUGACCUGGCAGGACAUUGGAGGCUUAGAAGACGUCAAGCGAGAACUCCAGGAGCUUGUACAGUAUCCAGUAGAGCAUCCUGACAAAUUCCUCAAGUUUGGCAUGACUCCCUCCAAAGGGGUGCUGUUCUAUGGGCCUCCUGGCUGCGGGAAGACGCUGCUAGCCAAAGCCAUUGCCAAUGAAUGCCAGGCCAACUUCAUCUCUAUCAAGGGCCCAGAGCUGCUGACUAUGUGGUUUGGAGAGUCAGAAGCCAACGUGCGCGAGAUUUUUGACAAGGCCCGCCAAGCAGCCCCCUGUGUGCUGUUCUUUGAUGAGCUGGACUCCAUUGCCAAGGCCCGCGGUGGGAACAUCGGAGAUGGCGGCGGUGCCGCAGACAGAGUCAUCAACCAGAUCCUGACAGAGAUGGACGGCAUGUCGACCAAGAAGAAUGUCUUCAUCAUUGGUGCCACCAACCGGCCGGACAUCAUCGACCCCGCCAUCCUGCGGCCUGGACGCCUCGACCAGCUGAUCUACAUUCCCCUGCCAGAUGAGAAAUCCCGCGUGGCCAUCCUCAAGGCCAACCUGCGGAAAUCACCUGUAGCAAAGGAUGUGGAUUUGGAUUUCCUGGCUAAAAUGACCAAUGGCUUCUCGGGAGCCGACCUCACAGAGAUUUGCCAGCGAGCCUGCAAGUUGGCCAUCCGGGAGGCGAUUGAGAGCGAGAUCAAGCGGGAACGAGAGAGGCAGACCAACCCUUCGGCCAUGGAAGUGGAAGAGGAUGACCCAGUGCCUGAGAUCCGGCGUGAUCACUUUGAGGAGGCCAUGCGCUUUGCCCGACGCUCAGUCAGCGACAACGAUAUCCGCAAAUACGAGAUGUUUGCACAGACUCUACAGCAGAGCCGGGGCUUCGGCAGCUUCAGAUUCCCAUCAGGUAACCAAGGUGGUGCUGGGCCAAGCCAAGGCACAGGAGGCAGCGGCGGUGGGAACGUUUACAGUGAAGACAACGACGACGAUCUCUAUGGUUAAAGUGCUGCCCCGGUGGACCAAACUCCAAACAGGCCACGUUGUACAGGGCAAUUCCAGUGGUCGGUGGACUCCCGGCUUCUUCAUUCCUCGGUCAGACCCAUGUAGCUGCACGUCAGGCUCUGUCUGCUGCACAUACAAGGCAGUUGGUUGGUUGGUUUGGAAGGCAGAGAGGCAGUUAAUGAGGAAGGGAACUGACUCAACUUCUGGGAAAUUUCUGUUCUAGUUUAUGGCAGAAUCAGCAGCUUUAGCAACGGGUACAACAGUAGCCUGUAAAAAAUAAUUUAAAAACCCA